CGACAGCCCAUGUCCAAAGAUCACAACAACCAACGAGGAAAACUACGACAUAAUUGCAGGCAAAAGGCCAUGCAUUAGCACGAUGCACACUCCAGAGUUUCCUACCAGUUAAAAUCUACGCGAACCGCGAUACUACGAAGCGCGACAUAAGGGCUUUGCCCAGGGCUGAGUUGGACCCCAGGCUGUGUAUGCUCGAUACGGUUUAGCGUCUCCCUAAUAUAGCACCAGCAAUGUCCUUGUCCGACCUGAUGGACGCGUAAGUAUGUUUGAUCGGACCUGGAGAGAGUCGGGGUUGCCUACUUAAGAUAUCGGAACCCCGCAAAGAUGUUGGUGUGCAGCCUGAUAUUUUGUGAGGUUGUUUGUGCUUUACUUCUCUACGAUCGAAGAAGUUUGAAUUGACAAUUAAAUCAUUGCAGCCGAAAAUACAUACCCCGAACUAGUGCCUUAACAUAGUCGUCGGUACUCAUUCUUUAUCCUGGAAAUAUGACUGCCAUUACCCAACCAGAUAUCUCUGAGGAUGACCGGCGGGAAACCAUGUCCAAUCAUGAUCUCUACAGCAUGACACCUCCCGCCUAUGCCCAAUCAGCAGCCGACAAUGAGACGACAGUCGACGCGGAAGCGAUGCAAGAUGAGAAGCUUGGAAUGCCAGGACAGCGUUAUGCCCCCUCUCAUAGCUCGGCAGAUGACACUGUCCAUGACGGACAUAUGGCACUAGCCACACUCACGGCAGGGCCUCCUUCGAUGCCUGCAGUCUUACCGAACGAGCUUCCUCCUGUCUACUUCGAGGAGUUGACGAGGGAGGCGGCGAUUGCGUCUAUCAAGCGUUGUGCCAUUCUCCCCAACCGACCUGCUGUCUGGUUGAUGAAGAAGAAAGACUUUGCACUUUCCCCUCUUGCGGCUACAGUGCUGCUUAAAGAGGGCAUCAUCAAGAGCAAAGAUUUAGAACUCAUCUCCACGUCUGCUGGUGUGAAGAGAGAUCCCAACGACCCACUCAGCGGCAUCGCUUUCGCAACCUUCGACACCGUCGGCGACAUCCUCCUCGGCUUGAUAGAAGGCCCCGUCCAAGCCGCCAAACAAGUGUCACCAAUGCUCGCCAAAGCUGAGCAGAGGCGAAAGGGCGAGCCACCAACAAUCCGAUACUCCGUCCGACAAGAGUCCAGCCCACUCAUGCACCAGAAUGAUCACGAUGGCAGGCCUGCCUCUGGACAUCAACAGACGUGGACGCCACCUCAAGCGGACGAGACCGAAUCAUGGCAACCGAGAGUAUGGUCCGAUGCCGAGCAGAAGCCCGGCAAUCCUGUCCUCGAAGCCGCACCCAACGCGGCGAAAGAGGUGGCAAUCAGCACAGGAAAGGGAUUUGGUCGCAUUGUUGGAGCGGGUCUCAAGGCGCCGAUGACGUUCACACAUGGAAUCACUCGAGGUUUCCAUAAUCUUCCCAAGUUGUACGGUGAUGAGGUCAGGGAAACCGAGAACAUCACUGAUUUGAGGAGUGGCAUCGAGGUCAGUGCGAAGAAUUUCGGCCAUGGCAUUGGUGAUGGCCUGCGGGACUUCUUCGUACAGCCUAUCAUUGGUGCUCAGAAGGAAGGAGGCAAAGGCUUCGUGAAAGGAUUUGGAAAAGGAGUGGGAAAUUUGGUCUGCAAACCUUCCGCAGGUAUUGUCGGGCUCGUUGGUUACAGUUCAGUCGGCGUUUACAAAUCUUUGCAAAACCUAAGACCAGCCAGCAAAGAUGACACGAGCACAAUCUUCAAGGAUCAUGGAGAGAUGGAAUACCAGCAGGCGCCUGAGCAGACACGAGGUGAGGUUGUUAGGAGAUGGUGCCAGAUGAACAUGACACAAAGCAUCUUGUAAAGAAUCGAAUUAUAGACAUGCUUGUAAUGAUACCCAAAUUUCAAUAUACAGAUUAACCAGUCUUCAAUUAUUUUAGAGUACUGGC